ACCAGAGUUUGGGAAGCAGAAAAUGGGACCAGCCGCCACCUCGCUCGCUGUGCUGUGUUUGUGCUGUGUGUGUGUGUGUGUUCCUACAGGGACGGCCGACGCUGCUCCAGCUCAGGACCUUCAGUCAGAGGUGAAGAAGGCGAGAGGAGAUGUUCCCGACAUACAUCCAGAGCCCGAACCAGAGCCGACCAACCCAGUGUCAGACUUUGAGAACUCAUACAACUACGUCUUGUCCAGACUAGCAGGGAUGGACCAGGCCAUCCAUAAGCUGAAUGUGGGUCACUACACCCUGGAUGUUAAAGUGAGCCAGUUGGUGGACCGUCUAUCCAGGCUGGACUCUAAAGUCGGGGAGCUGGAGGACAACAUCCGGGAGGUUCAUCAGCACAGCAAAGAUAACCGCAAAGAGAUGGGACGACUGGAAGGUUGUCAGAAGGGGCGCAGGGUGGGAUAUAAAUGUUACCUGGUCUACAACAACUACGAGGACUACGCCGGAGCGUCCAGGAAGUGCAUGGAGCGCGGCGGGCGCAUGGCGAUGCCCCGCGACCGCAAAGAGCAGGAGGCGCUGGCCGACUACGUCAAAGCCUUCUUCCACCCGGGGAACUGGCCCGUCUGGCUGGGCGUCAACGACCUGCGAUCCGAAGGCAUGUAUCUGUUCGAGGACGGGACGCGGGUCUCGUACUUCCAGUGGCGCAAGCACUUCCUGUCCAGCCAGCCGGACGGAGGGAGGCGGGAGAACUGUGUGGCGAUGUCGUCGGAUGAUGGCGACUGGUGGGACCAUUACUGCGAUCGGACCAUGAACUAUCUGUGCGAGUUCGACGACAGGGAGGCACUUUAAAAAAACAAAACUCUCAACACUGUUUUAAUACCUUAAACUUUGACCUCCAGAUGUUGAUCA